AUGCUUUCGAUCGCUAUACUCCUCGCCGUCCUCACCGCGUCGUCUAGCGGAUGCGGCGGAAAACCAGCGGAAAUUUCGUGCCCGUGCGCGCUGCCGGACACCGAUACCGUCCCGCAGUACUUCAUCGACAAAUUCGACGAGUUCAAACUUAUCGACAACCGCACACAAAAGCCGAUCACGCCGGGCGGCCAACUCUCCUUUUACGGAAAUUGUCGGUUAAAAAUGGACUGCUCGAAAAUUAAGCCCGGCUAUGCGCAAGGCGUCGCGAUGUUCACCGACGCGGUCGUCUUCCUCGAUUCGCUACCAAUUUGGUGUAAUCCCGAAACGAAAAAAUUGUCCACCACCGCAGCGAAAAUUAAUGAUUUAAUAGCACGAUACCCGCAUUACUCUGUCGAAGAUUUCGAUCAUGUGACUAAUAUCGGAUGUGUGUUCUCCAAGUGA